AUUUAAUUGCGCUCUCGUUGGGAGAGCGAGUUGUUUAAUGAUGGUGUGAAGUAUUGGUUCAUUAUUAAUCAAUAUCGUAUUUAUUCCUUUGACUAUCGGCAUCCUAUAAAUAUGUGCUAAGAGAAAUAACUAACUAGGAGUUUAGACAUGGUGUGAUAGGAUUUUCACGCAGUUAAUAGAUUCGAUUAUCUUAUCUAUACCUGAAGUACAUUUUUAUCUUUUCGUGUUAGAAUAUAAAAUAAUACACGCAGGUUUUUGUAGGAUAUAGUGCAACUGUUGGCUAAAGCAAUGGAUACACUAAGGUUUUAUUUUGUCACCUGGAAUGUGGCAACCAAAAAUCCAGGGCAAGAUCUGAAUGCCUUAUUGGACUUUCCAUCUCAGUUUAAUAAAAACAAGCCUCUACCAGACUUUUAUGUGAUUGGACUACAAGAAGUGAAGUCUCAACCGCAGAACUUGGUGAUGGACUCACUGUUCACUGACAGUUGGACUUCAGCAUUCAACAAGAUCCUUUGUAGGCAAGGCUACAUCGUCGCCAAAGCCACCAGGCUUCAGGGCAUAUUGUUGAUAGUGUAUACUCAAAUGAAACAUGUCAUUCAUCUGCGGGAUAUUGAAGCACAGUACACAAAAACUGGUCUCGGAGGAAUGUGGGGCAACAAAGGCGCAGUAAGCAUACGGUUCAACAUAUACGGCUGUUCAGUAUGCCUCGUGAAUUCCCACCUGACUGCCCACGAACACCUUCUGGCUGACCGCAUCAACGAUUACAACACUAUUAUAAAACAACACCAGUACCACGUCAAAGAGACUACCAACAUAUUAUACCAUGAUUACGUCAUCUGGUUGGGCGAUCUGAACUUCCGUACGGACCACCCGGCGGGCAGUAGUCCGACGUCAGAAGAAAUUGUGGCGCAACUCCAGAAGAUUGAGAAGGACAAAUACGCGCCAUUGUUGAGUCAUGAUCAGCUGAUUGCUGUCAUGGACUCCGGCGAAGCGUUCUCCGAGUUCACGGAACAUGAUAUCAGGUUUCCCCCGACCUACAAGUUCUCUAUUGGCGGUGAUGAGUAUGAUAUAAGGAGAAAACCAUCAUGGACCGACAGGAUCCUAUACAAAGUGAACGCGAAUAACUAUGAAAACGUCACGCUGAGGGCCGAUGUACUCUCAUAUAAUCACAUACCGCACUACACAGUCAGUGACCACAAGCCAGUGGUCGCGCAAGUCAAUAUUAAGAUUCGAGCUGGAAUCUCCAUGUCUAUCAUAGCCGAGCCACCGCCGAUCCAUUCCAGUAUAAGAAUGAGGUCUCUGAUCAUACCUCCCCAGCUUCCAACCCUCACCGAAGCUAGUAUGAGCUCAAUACCAGAGUCGAAAAUGGACUUGCAAAAGGUGACCACCUUUGGUGCUAUUUUGCCAACUAUGCCUGACUCUCCUACGCAUGAUUCACCUGAUUCGCCUACUAACGAAUUUACUAACGAUAUUGAUGUACCUGAAGGAAAUGUUUCUAUGAAGGUUGCACUUUUUAAUGCCUUAGACGCUGGUACUGUGAAGACUUUUUCCAACUAUACGGAGAAGACAGUGGAGUUUGCUCCAAUCACUCGUAUCUGGUACAUCGGGGAUGCUGACUUUAGGACACAGUGCACACUGUCGCCUGACAUUGAAGUCAACGAUAACGACUGGAUUGGCAUAUACGAUGCCAAUUUCCACAACUUAGACGACUACAUAGCGUACGAAUACUUGGCCAAGGUCAGCAUACCUUCGGGGCCGACCUACUCUGGUCAGCCGAGAACCAUUACACUGAGCUUCCCCCUCGGUAGCGGCGUGAGGACGCCUGGCUUCUAUAGGUUUAUAUACUUCAGUCAGACGAACAAUGAUGUCAGAAGUGUUUUGGGUAUAUCAGAACCUUUCGAGGUAAGCAGCAAAGAGGACAGUUUAGUAGUCAUAGAUCCUUGCGAGCAGGCCGCCGGUAGUUCUUCACCGGGGAGGUCCAAACCUUCAUCUGCUAAUACCGAUAUAUUCACCGACUUCACCGGCCUCGAUGUGGCGAAGCUCUCGCGACACUUCUCCAACGAUCUCAGUAUUGACUGACUAAAGUCUUACCUCCCUGGCUCACCGGCUAACGUGAGGAAGAACAAUAAUGGUGUCUGAUUCUGGUGUUUUUUUAGAGUUAAGUAUAGUGUUCAUGUUCGUGAACUCGUAAACUAGGCUUUUGGCAUGUGACUUGUGAUUUUUUUCGUCGAGAUUGUACAGUCAGCUUUAAAAGUAGCUGAACAUAUCAAAAUUUUCAAAAGUGCUUAGCAACAUAAAGGGUCGUAAUUAUAACAUAAACGCGAAAGUUUACUUAAUAUCCUAAACUUAAAAAAAAAAGAACAAUGUUUAGUAGUUUUGAAAAUUUUGAUUUGUUCAUCUACUUUUGAAGCUGACUGCACGUAGAUCGGCACAAAAUAGUAUUGUUAUGAUAUUGUAGGCCUACGCGAAAUUGUAUCGAUAAAAUUGUAGUUCGUUUUUUGAAAUUAUAUUCCUGGUGUAAACUAAAAAAUGGUAGAAAACAAAUGACCAAUUAUUUGUAUCGAUUUUUAAUACAUCGAUUUUUAUUACGGCCAGUUUCUUCAUCAAAAGUUAAAGUUAAAGUAAUGUCUAAAGUAAAAGUAACGGUCAAAUUCGUUUUUUCAAGGCUAAAGUGGCAGCAAAACUAAUAGAAAAAUUGAAUUUAACCGUUACUUUUACUUUAGACAUUACUUUAGCCAUAACUUUAACUUUAACUUUUGAUGAAGAAACUGGCCGUAAGUGUGGUUAGUAAACUGUAGGACAUGAUAACAUUAUUAUUUUUGGUAUGUGGUAUGUCUAUGUAGUUCUUAUUGUAAGAGCAAUGGUGCCUGCUCUCUAAAACUAAUCAUAUUUAUAUCACAUUUGUUAGCAAUGCCAUGAUUAUCGUUCAAAUAG